AUGGUGUGUGACAAUGCAUCAAUGAUCAAUGACAUUGUCUCAUCAAUUAAGCACAAUUACGGGAUUAGUGCUAAUAGCAUAUUGGAGACAAAUGACCUCAUUCUGGAUAGCGCUAUUAACCCAUUCUACCCAAUUUUGAUCCUUAACAAAAGUGUGAGCUGCAAAGUUAAACCUGACAAUUUCUUUUGCUAUUGCCUCAACAACUACCUUCCAGCACUAGUAGAGAUGGCCUGGGAAUUGAUGGUGGACUACUGUCUCUUUCACUUUGCAGUUUCUAGUUGUAACGCCACUUGA